GAGGAGGAGGAGGAGGAUGUGUUCAGAUAUGUCAGGGAGAUAUUUUUCAGCUAAGGAUGAGCUGCCCGCUGGGCUUCCUGCGGAGUGAAGCUGGGCUCAGCUGGGGCUGCUGCCCUGCACCUCGCUGAGUCAUCUUAGCUCGGAAGCCCUAUUGCUCUGGGCCUGGGGACUCCCGCACGGUGCCGGCUCCGGGCUUAACGAGUCUGACAGGCAUUUGUUAAGUUACCAGCUUCCAGGGAAAAUGAGGCCACGGGGUUCAGCUUACCAGAACCAAAGACAGCCUGGUACUUUUCAGGGAAGAGCAAGGCUGCAAGGCAGCCUGGGAUGUGUGGGCUUUACUUAGCACAGUCUCAGGGGAGGCCUCGUCCCCAGGCAGUCUGUCGGGAGCACCAGGCCCUGCCUGCAGACAGGGAGCUGGACAGGCCUCCCCGAGCUGCCACCGUCUUCCUGUGAAGUGGGACGGGACAGGAGCGCAGAAGCCAGAGCACAGACAAAAGACCAUGCCAGAGCCCACUUUUCUGUCUGUGUUCAGUGCGGCUUUUGAUAGGUACAGAAUAAGGAAGUCAUUCUAAUAUGUAGAUGCUGAAAAAUACACAAAAUCCCCCAUCA